GUCGCCGGAUAUCCGUCAAGUGACCCUUACAAGUCCUCCUUGAUCCUCAAGUGGAGUCGUUAAGGUUGUUUCUCCUGGUGUGGAGGGCCGAACAGCUUCCUGACAUGGGACUAGAGGACGAACAGAAGAUGCUUACCGGAUCCGGAGACCCCAAAGAGGAAGAAGAGGAGGAAGAAUUAGUGGACCCCCUAACAACAGUGAGAGAGCAAUGUGAGCAGUUGGAGAAGUGUGUAAAGGCCCGGGAGCGGCUAGAGCUUUGUGAUAGUCGUGUGUCUUCCCGAUCACAGACAGAAGAGGAUUGUACAGAGGAGCUCUUUGACUUCUUGCAUGCACGUGACCACUGUGUGGCCCACAAACUCUUUAAUAGGUUGAAGUAACUGCACAGAUCAUCCACCUCAGCCUUGUCACAGGGCAUCAGGAGAAGUUCCUUGUAGUUUUGAACCAUUUGUUUCUAAUGUGUAUUCUGGAGAACUUCAAUGAUUAUGGCAAGUAGCUUCUCUUCCAUGUAAUUAGCAAUUCCAUCUGAAUAAACUGAUCUGCAGAUCUGCUGUUUGUCCUU